CAUCCCUCCUCUUAUUUAUCUCCUCCAACCCACACUCUUCUAACUCCUCCACUUCCUCCCAAAUGGCUCAUCGAUGGCUCCCCGAUUCCACCCUUGUCCCCGCCGCCACCACCCCGCCGCCCUCAUCCGAUGGGGUCCGUGUCGCCAAGCCCGUCCGGAAGCGCUCCAGAGCCUCUAGACGAACCCCAACCACUUUACUCAACACUGACGCUGCCAAUUUCCGAGCCAUGGUCCAGCAAUUCACUGGCGGCCCUUCCCAUACCCUCCACAAUUUCGCCGCAUUCGACCCAACUCCCGCUGCCUACCAUCUCCAACAACCGCCGUAUCUCUUCCCCUUCCAAAACCACCCUCCGCCGCACCAACCGCCCUUCAUGUUCUCCGCCGGUGAGGGGUUUUUUCUCGAGGGGUCGAGGAGUAACAAUAAUAGUAAUGUUGAUUACAUGGGGCUGUAUGAUGGGUCCUCUCUGACGGCUCAGAAUCAUCGCCCGGCGUAACUCCGGCACGGCGGCGGGAUUCGACGGUAGCUUUUUUUUUUUUUUUUUUCUUCUUUUGGAGUGGAGCGUAAAAGAAGUUAGGCACCGAAGUCGUCGAUGAGAUUUUUUUUUAUAUAUUUUGACCAUAGUGUGUGUGUGUCGGAAAGUUGGUGCGAGCGGCACGUCUCUUCUUCACACGUGUGAACUCUUUUCUUUUUUUCUUUUUGAGUACCACGUGUGUACUCUCUCUAAUCGCCACGUGACCGUAUGAAUGCCGUGUUUGGAACUACUUGUUAAUUAUAAACGUUAUUAUUAUUUUAUUAUUAUUU